AUGAAGAAAUUCAAAACCCUGUUGGCAACAUCCCAAAAUACUAUCAAAUCUUCGUCGUAUUUCACCGAAGAACAGUUCAAAUCAGUGGCAAAGGAGAAAGUGGACGCGGUGGUGAUAGGUGCAGGCGUGGUGGGCAUAGCUAUAGCCAGAGAGCUUGCAAUGAACCAUGGUAGAGAAGUUAUUGUGUUAGAAUCUGCAUCGACUUUUGGGACAGGCACCAGUUCUCGCAACAGUGAAGUCAUUCAUGCUGGCAUCUAUUACCCUCCCAAUUCUCUCAAGGCACUUUUGUGUGUUAGAGGAAGACAAUUACUUUACAAGUAUUGCAAACAACAUUAUAUUCCUCAUAAACAGAUUGGCAAGCUCAUAGUUGCUACUGGAUCUUCAGAAGUCCCUAAAUUGAAUACGUUGAUGACUCAAGGAAUAGAAAAUGGGGUGGAAGGUCUAAAGCUAAUGGAGGGUCGUGAAGCCAUGAGAAUGGAACCAGAAUUGCAAUGUGUGAAAGCAUUACUAUCACCUGCUUCUGGAAUAGUUGACACACAUUCAUUAAUGCUAUCAAUGAUGGGAUAUCACCCCAAUAUGGAUGGUAUCCAGCUUCACGUUUCUGAAAGCAAAGCUAUUAAAAACCAUGAUGGAGGAUCUCUUCUGCAGCCGGAUGUAAUUCUUAUUCCAAGACUACUUGUAAAUUCUGCAGGAUUGGGUGCCGUAGCUCUUUCUAAACGGUUCAACGGCCUAGAUGUUAAAGUUAUUCCUACACCCUACUUUGCCCGCGGUUGCUAUUUCGUUUUAUCAAAUAGUAAAACUCCUUUCCAGCAUUUAAUUUAUCCUAUUCCUGAGGAUGGCGGCCUUGGAGUGCACGUCACACUGGACUUAAACGGCCAAGUCAAAUUUGGUCCCGACGUUGAAUGGAUAGAUGGCAUAGAUGAUUUUUCAAGCUUCCUCAACAUGUUCGACUAUUCUGUGCCUGGUGAACGUGCAAAACUAUUCUAUCCGGAGAUAAGAAAAUACUACCCCGGUUUAAAGGAUGGAUCCCUGGAGCCGGGUUAUGCUGGAAUUCGACCCAAAGUUUCAGGUCCCAAGCAGGUGCCUAAAGAUUUCAUAAUACAGGGAGAGGACAGUCAUGAUGUACCUGGCCUCGUAAACCUGUUUGGGAUUGAAUCGCCUGGUCUAACUUCAAGCAUGGCAAUUGCUGAGCAUGUUACUGCCAGAUUGAACUCUAAAAGUGGAAUAAUUUCUUUUCAUUAG